AAGGACUAAUUGUUUGAUCGUCACUUCUCCCCGCCAAGGUCUCGCACCACAACUGAGCACUUCGACUUACCUAUCCUUUUCACCCGCGCCUGGGCCUGUUUACGAUAUACACAUCUGGGUAUUUGCUAGAGCUGGCGAAGACUCCGCUAGCUCACUCUUCCUGCAAUCGUGGAUAUCUCACUUCUUCUCGAGUCGCGAGACUCUGCGUCUCAGCCUGCCAAUAAGCAUGCCACCUCUCCGACAAGCUCCGCAGCCGGCGUAAGCAGAGCUGGGCCGACUUCGACGUCGACUUCAACUCCCCACUACACGCCUGCCAGUGCAUAUGCGACGCCAACCUCUCUGCCCGUCGUCUCGCCAACUGCGACCUCUGCUCAUCAACCUCCUAUGCACCAGCUCCCGCAUGUAUCAACUCUGCAAUCCCUUCCAUCUAUCCAGCCACUGCAACAACCUCACGAGCUACACCAGAACAAUGCCUUUCGACCCCUAUCUUUCGGUGCCCAUCAUAACGGUCCGCCUCACUACAACUCAGGUCAUUCUGGAUUGGCUUCUCCGCCUCUACAAAGCCUCUCCAUCAAGCGUACAGCAUCGCAAACGCCACUGGUCGAUGAAUCGCCGCAGAAGAAGACCACGAAGUGGACUCAGGAGGAAGAUGAGCUCACUGUCGAGUUAAGGGGUCAAGGUAUGAAGUGGGAGGACAUUUCCAAGAGGAUUCCUGGACGGAGUGCCAUCUCAUGCCGACUUCGCUAUCAAAACUACCUCGAGAAGCGCGCACACUGGGACGAGGAGAAGAAAAAUAAGCUCGCGCGACUCUACGUCCGCUUCAAAGAAGCAAUGUGGCAGAAGGUUGCAUCGGAAAUGGGUGUUCCGUGGCGCUCUGCUGAAGCAAUGCACUGGACAUUGGGGCCUGACGAGAUCGCACAGCGGGCCAACCAGCCAGUGUUCCAACUGAACGCUGCAGCCACGGCUGGAUCAGAGGCUGCGUCCACUUCACCGCACGCUGCACCACUCAGUGCCGCAGCAGCCUACUACUCUAAUCCUCAGAUGACUCCACCAUCUUAUGCUACUGCAUCCUAUCCUCUCGCUGUUACUGCCACGAAGCAAGGACGGCGGAACGACCUUGCUGCUCAACCGCCGCCACCGGUCAUACAAGGUUACUCGUCAGCAGCGCUGCAGCAAAGGCCACCGACCAGCGAAGGGUAUGGGCCACGUCCAUACGCAACGCAGAUUGAGUACUCAAAUCCACCAUCAAGAGUAGAACUGGACUCGAUGAGCCACCGGAGCUACGAGAGCAGUACGAUCGAUCACAGAAGCCGCAAUGACAAUGCCAACUCCAGCCAAGCAAGUGCAAGCAGAAACGGUGAGGACAGGCAGAGCCAAGGCAGCCGUGGAAGUCCAAGAAGUAUCCACAGCGCGCAUAGCUCUCACAGUGUCCACAGUGCUCGAAGUGGGCAUAGCACCGGGUCGACAGGCCGAGGAAGAGAAGGCAACGUCAUCAGACAAAGAAUGGAGGUGUCCUGAGCAACAUAAUUAAUAGUGUGAAGCGGGAAGGCAUUCUGAACCAUAAUUCACCGUGGAUUUGCGUACACGACCUACCUUGGAGCCAGAUACACACGCACAACACAUAGCAGCAUACAUGAAU